UCUUCGCGUCCACAUCCUCCCUUCUCUCUCACUCCACUUUUAACUACCCACACAAACACAACCCAACUCCAUUUCUCCUCUUUUUUUUCUCUAUUUGAUAUUUCAACAAACACUGUCACAAAAUGGCCUCAGCAACCACAGCACCCACUACUCUCUCUCUGCUCAAGGCUUCAACAACCUCUACUACAGCUUCCUCCGCCCCCCGUGCCUCUCUCUUGCGUGUACCCACUUCCCGGAUUAGCUCCGUUCGCCGCCUCGGCUUCACGGCUGCCGACCCUCUUUUGUCCCUCCAUGUGGCGUCCAGAAUCCGGUCGAUCAAGGGUAAGGCGACACGUGGGGUUGUGUCGAUGGCUAAGAAGAGUGUGGGGGACUUGACGGGGGCUGAUUUGAAAGGGAAAAAAGUUUUUGUUAGAGCUGACUUGAAUGUGCCUUUGGAUGAUACCCAGAAGAUUACUGAUGAUACUAGAAUUAGAGCGGCUAUUCCUACUAUUAAGCAUUUGAUUCAGAACGGUGCUAAAGUCAUUCUUUCUAGCCAUUUGGGAAGACCAAAAGGUGUCACUCCAAAGUUCAGUCUGGCACCUCUUGUACCUCGUCUGUCCGAGCUCCUUGGCAUUCAGGUUGUGAAGGCUGAUGACUGCAUUGGUCCAGAGGUGGAAAAGCUGGUGGCUUCUCUUCCGGAAGGUGGUGUUCUGCUUCUUGAGAAUGUGAGGUUUUACAAAGAGGAAGAAAAGAAUGAACCCGAAUUCGCCAAGAAGCUUGCCUCUUUAGCUGAUCUCUAUGUGAAUGAUGCUUUUGGAACUGCUCACAGAGCCCAUGCCUCAACCGAGGGAGUCACAAAAUUCUUGAAACCAUCUGUUGCUGGAUUUCUCUUGCAGAAGGAACUGGACUAUCUUGUUGGGGCAGUUUCAAGCCCAAAGAGGCCAUUUGCUGCCAUCGUAGGUGGUUCAAAGGUUUCAUCUAAGAUUGGAGUUAUUGAAUCACUCCUAGAGAAGUGUGAUAUCCUGCUUCUUGGAGGAGGAAUGAUCUUCACAUUUUACAAGGCUCAAGGCCUCUCAGUGGGUUCAUCCUUGGUAGAAGAAGAUAAGCUUGAUCUUGCUACAUCACUCCUUAAGAAGGCCAAGGCAAAAGGAGUGUCUCUUUUGUUACCCACUGAUGUAGUAAUUGCUGACAAAUUUGCUCCUGACGCAAACAGCAAGAUUGUGCCGGCAUCUGCCAUCCCUGAUGGGUGGAUGGGAUUGGAUAUUGGACCAGACUCCAUCAAGACAUUCAAUGAAGCUUUGGGAACUACUAAAACUGUUAUCUGGAAUGGACCAAUGGGAGUGUUUGAAUUUGAAAAAUUUGCAGUUGGAACUGAGGCGGUUGCAAAGAAGCUAGCUGAGCUUAGUGGCCAGGGAGUCACCACAAUCAUUGGAGGUGGAGAUUCUGUUGCAGCUGUUGAAAAAGUAGGAGUUGCCGAGGUGAUGAGCCACAUAUCAACUGGUGGUGGUGCCAGUUUGGAAUUAUUGGAAGGCAAAGAACUUCCUGGUGUUGUUGCUCUUGACGAAGCUGUACCAGUUGCUGUGUAAGAUCAAAAUUGAUUUUUUCCCGGCCGACAUGUUGAUGUUAUCAGUUUGUAAACGAGAGAUUAAAAUGUGGUAGGAAAACAUGAGUUCAUCUUGUAAAUUUUCACUUUUGCAUUGAAUAUAUGGUUCCAUUAUGUCUUUGCCUCCAUUGUUAGCCAAAUUUUGCUACACAAGACUGUAAGGAUGGGCAAAGAGAACCAUCCAAUCCUUUUCAAAUAAAUUGGUUCUUUUUAUCAAAUAAA